AUGCCUGAAAGCUCCUCAGACAACUCGUCCCAUCCCAAGCCCAAUUACUACGACGAAAACGACCGCAUCAACUUCGAUGGAAUGACUAGUGAUCAAGCAGGCGCGGCUUAUGCAAUAGAUGCGGAAAGGGUAGCCCACAAUCGCGACGAACAAGCUAAGGCGAAGGCUCGAUUCACCAGCGACAAGAAGAAGGCACAACGGUUCGUUGCUGCUUCGAAGAUACGGUUCAAGCGCGAGGAGGACAAGGGCGACAAAAAGGAUGAAGACUGGUACGAAAAAUUGAAGAAAGAAGUAAGAGAUCGAGAAGAGCUAUUGAAAGACAUCAUAGCAAAGGGAGCGACUGCGAAAGAGUUUGACUGGGAAUCAUGGGCUCACCUUGUGCCUGAGGUACUCGAGUCAUCGCGAAGUUAG